GGCUGCAAACACGGAUCAGCUGCUCCCGUGUACACACAACCCGGGAGCAGACCAACCGGCACAUUCCCAGCAGCCUCCUGCACCCCGAGACUGUCCAAGACCUCCUCUGCACGCAGGAACUUUCCUUCUCGGUUGUCAGAUGUAGCACCAUGCUCCUGUCAUCAGAUCCCAGCUAGGCUCCUGGCUGCACGGGAGAGAGGCUUCCUUAAGACAUUUGUCCUUGAAACUGCACCAAACUCUUGGAAGAACCCAGAACGUGAUGUUCCAGCCGCUGUUUAGAGAGUAGACUGAGGAGAGGCAAGGGCGGAAGCCAAGACACGCACUAGGAGGCAACGGCUCUAAUCCAGGAAGAGGUGACGGCGGCUUGGACCCCAGAGGCUUCUCUGCAGAAUGUCAAACAAAGAUCGACACAUUGAUUCCAGCUGUUCGUCCUUCAUCAAGACGGAACCCUCCAGCCCGGCCUCCCUGACGGACAGCGUCAACCACCACAGCCCAGGCGGCUCCUCAGACGCCAGUGGGAGCUACAGUUCAACCAUGAAUGGCCACCAGAACGGACUUGACUCACCGCCUCUCUACCCUUCCGCUCCCAUCCUGGGAGGCAGCGGGCCCGUCAGGAAACUGUAUGACGACUGCUCCAGCACCAUCGUGGAGGACCCCCAGACCAAGUGUGAAUACAUGCUCAACUCCAUGCCCAAGAGACUGUGUUUGGUGUGCGGGGACAUCGCCUCUGGGUACCACUACGGGGUCGCGUCGUGUGAAGCCUGCAAGGCGUUCUUUAAGAGGACGAUUCAAGGUAACAUAGAAUACAGCUGUCCUGCUACGAACGAAUGUGAAAUCACGAAGCGCCGGCGUAAAUCCUGCCAAGCUUGCCGCUUCAUGAAGUGCUUGAAAGUGGGCAUGCUGAAGGAAGGAGUGCGUCUUGACAGAGUACGUGGAGGCCGGCAGAAGUACAAGCGCAGAAUAGAUGCAGAGAACAGCCCCUACCUGAACCCCCAGCUGGUUCAGCCAGCCAAAAAGCCAUAUAACAAGAUUGUGUCCCAUUUGUUGGUGGCCGAACCGGAGAAGAUCUAUGCCAUGCCUGACCCCACCGUCCCCGACAGCGACAUCAAAGCCCUCACCACGCUGUGCGACUUGGCUGACCGAGAGCUGGUGGUGAUCAUUGGAUGGGCCAAGCAUAUUCCAGGCUUCUCCACGCUGUCCCUGGCGGACCAGAUGAGCCUCCUGCAGAGUGCUUGGAUGGAAAUUUUGAUCCUUGGUGUCGUAUACCGAUCUCUUUCGUUCGAGGAUGAACUUGUCUAUGCAGACGAUUAUAUAAUGGAUGAAGACCAGUCCAAGUUAGCAGGUCUUCUUGACCUAAAUAAUGCCAUCCUGCAGCUGGUGAAGAAAUACAAGAGCAUGAAGCUGGAGAAAGAGGAAUUCGUCACCCUCAAAGCAAUAGCUCUCGCUAAUUCAGACUCCAUGCACAUAGAGGACGUGGAGGCCGUGCAGAAGCUCCAGGACGUCCUGCACGAGGCCCUGCAGGACUACGAAGCCGGCCAGCACGUGGAGGACCCGCGCAGGGCGGGCAAGAUGCUGAUGACGCUGCCCCUGCUCAGGCAGACCUCCACCAAGGCCGUGCAGCACUUCUACAACAUCAAACUGGAAGGCAAGGUCCCCAUGCACAAACUCUUUUUGGAAAUGCUGGAGGCCAAGGUCUGACUAAAGGCCUCCUGGGCCGCCGUCUCCUCCUGCACGCCCGCCAAGAAAGGGAAAAUAAACCCAAGCCUAAUGUGGAAGAAACGUAGAGCUUAGUCCACGCCAUCCCCAAUCAGCAAAGACUGCACUGAUCGCUUAGCAGCAAGACUAUGAAGCAGCUUUCAGAUUUCUCAUCUUUUUUUUUCUUCUCAUUUCUCUUCUUCUUUAUGUUUUUUUUUCCCGUUCCCUCUCUUAUUCCUCCUCUCCCCCAUUUCUUGGCUUUCCUGAUUACUGGUUCCCUCGCCCUCCCUCCCUCCCUCCCUCCCUACCUCCCUCUUUUUUCUCUUCUCACCCUUCCCUUUUCUUCUAAAUUUUAAAC